GUCAGAAAGAGGCACGAUAGUUGAGGCAGGAGAAGUCACGGAUGAAUCCGGACCUGGUGUGUCUCCGGAAGCGCGCGCAGCAGCCUGAUAUAACCGCAAGUGGGCGGCGAAGUCAAGGUCAGAAAGAGGCACGAUAGUUGAUGCAGGGGAAGUCACGGACGAACCCGGCCCUGGUGUGUGUCCCAGCGAGACUGCUGGCGGUGGCAAUGGAGCUUGAAACAACCGCAGAUGAGCGGCGAAGUCAAGGUCAGAAAGAGGCUCGACAAUCGAUAGUGGCGAGGCAGUCGAUCCUGGGGAGGCAGUCGAGUGUGGCGAGGCGUCUGAUGAAUCCUGACCUGGAGACGAAUGUCCUUCAGAGUUCUCUGACGGUGGUACAGGAGCACGAAACAGCCGUAGGUGAGCGGCAAAGUCCAGAAUAGAAAGAGGCUCAACAAUCGACACUGGAGAGGCAGUCGGUAUUGGAGAAGCCUCUGAUGACUCCUGGUCUGAAGAGUGUACUUCUGAGAUCUCUGACGGUGGCACAGGAGCACGAAAUAACUUUAGAGACUACGGAUAGAUCUUGAGCUGGAGAAGGCUGUCCCUCUGGGUCGUUGUCUGACGAAGGCGCCUCAAGCGUGGCGCUUUCUAGAGCUUUCUGCGCCGCAAAGGAUGCGUAUUGAUGGUGCUGCAACGCUUCUCCAGGCCAGCUGUUGGUAAACAGACACGGCUCUGCUUGUGGAGGGAAUAUUGAUGCCUGACUCUGCCAAGUAUCUGGCAGCUGGUGCAACUGGAAAUUCUCAGAAUGGCCUUCCGCAGGCCAACGAAGAAUAGCUGGCUGACUCCAAGCCUCCUGUGGCCAGCUCCAAGUGGACAGCGCCUCCCCUGUCAGUCGAGGAUCUAUGACAGAAGAAUAUCCGGUCAAGGAAGUUUCUUGUCCCAAAGAAGGGCCAACAAAUGGGUAGGCCUGCUGUUGCAGAGAAGAGGUCGCAAAGCCUUGACAGUCACUUGUCGUGCCCGGUACCUCAGUGUCAGGUGCCUGACCAGGGGCCGUGUAGCUGGAACCGGGCGAAGGCUCAGGUGAACUCGGCGAGGCACACCUGUGGGUGGACUCUACCUCGUUGCCUGCAGGAGAAGGAUAACCUGAUGGUAUGGGGGUAGCUGUUGUGCUCCUUUGUUCCGGCUCACUCGGGGAUGCUGGAGAGGAUUCAGUUGCCUGACGGUCUCGUGCCGAAUCCUCCAAGUCCAACUGCCGAUGCAAUUCUUCAAUGAACGAGAAGGGUGUCGGAGGGUCUAAUUGGGGGAAAUCGUAUUCGCCGGUGGGAGACAAGGACUGAUAUUCAGUCAGAACGCAGUCCUGGCAAACUGCUGGCCAACCUGGUGCCGAACAGAAAAGUUGACCGCUGACUGCGAUUGAGCACGAGGGACAGACGUUUGUUGAAGAUUCAGGAUCAGAUGGUGACGGGACGCUGGAUGCCGCCUCGCUCUGCCUCUGUUCAAUGGGCGACGAUGAUACCGCGGUCUCUUCAGAUGAUACGGUGUUGUCUGGCAAGGCCGGUGGAUGAGCAGAUGGCACAAACGUUACGACCGGACGUGGUAAAGCCCCCCGAGGAAGAAUGGGUCGAAGACUAUUCUCUGAUGCUGGAGCAGCUGCGGGGGGAGGGACCACUACAACGUAGUACCCGGUCUCUGGGAACACAGUCGACCAAAUACAAGUGUCUGGGGGAGAAUGCAGAAGAGUUGAAAAAGCCCGACGGUGUCGCUCCCAGGCGAUCUGUGGAUCGUCCUUGAAUGUGACCCGGCGAGUUUGUCCACGUCGAUCUGCGGCACGCCGCAAAGAUGAUGUUUUCAAGGCACUGGGCAAGGCACUGGGCACUCCGACAGUUCUGCAAGCCUGUUUCUCAAGGAAACGUUGUUCCUUUGUCCUUGGACGUGGAGGUGGUUGAGGCCCUAUUUGUCUGGCCAAGACCUUUUCGGCAACCUCAAUCAAGGCUUCCGACGGCUGGGGGUGUCUGGGGAGUGGCGGAAUUGCAACCCUUUUCUCCAGAAACCGUAGUCUGGCGGCUCGCGCAGCUGCUGCGCGUCUCGCCCGUUCUUUCGGUGACGGCGGUGGAGUGACAGCCUUCGGGACUAUCGGUAUUGGCGUCGCUGGUAGCUUUGCUUGACGUCUUUUUUUUCGACCUGUGCGCCACUCUUCCUGCGGAGUUUCUUUUAGGCCAAACAGGAAUCUGGGAGGGUUCUGGAUUGUUGGACGAGGCUGGAUUGACACAGGAGAUGCUCGCUGGCUCUGGGAUUGAGCCAGUGGAAUGCUCAUCAGGAAAUACCAGCCACACGACCCGAACGAAGCUGUCAAAGCUAGGGCAAGAACUCAGGGCAAGUAAAAGAGGUAAUGCUGAUGGAGAAAUGUCACAAUCGAAAGGGAGUGUGAGAGGCCAAGAAUGGUCUCUCUUGGAGCAGAAGUUAAAGAAGAUGAAAACGAGUCACUGUAUCGAGGUCGAAGGAGCUCUUGAUAUAGGUUUGUUUUGUACAGCGGGUGGGCUGGGCUUUCAGCCUGACCACUGGCAAACACGAUUAGCGAAAACGUACCUGGACACCACUUCGCCUUAGCUGGUAUGAUGAGACUGGCUACUAGCCGCAAGCGUGCAGUUCUGGAGCAAGGACUUCGGAUCCUUGUCAAGGAAAGGUAACAAAAAACUAGCAGAAACAGCGGCGCCCCAUCCGUUACCCAGCUGCCACCUUUCAAUCGAGCGGACCUCGAGCCAGGAUCUCGUGCGCUAGUCGCGUCGAAGGUAUCAGCUGCAUUCUCAGUAUGGGAGUGGCUUGAGUCGAAGCAUCAUUCAUGCAGAGCCAUUGCCAUUUCUCGUAUGAGCGUCUUCCGAUCAGCUUGAAUCACGUCGGUGUCCAGUCCCGCGGCGCGACGAUAUUGCAUGCCUUUCUCACUGCAGGGGUACGCUCCGACACGGGGAAAGGCGCCAAGCCCAGGGCUUGAGGAGCCCUGACAGCAUCAGAAGAAGGCGAGGCAACAAGUACUGUGAAGAAGACCUUGAAGCGAGCACCAGUCUGUGACCAAUGGUGUAUGCGGCUGCAUCGACGGAUGGUGAUUGCUGCCAUGUUUGAGUGUUUCUAUUGGAUCGAUCAGCAGAGCCGGUAUGUAAGGGUUGCGGAUCGAUUGGACGACUAUCAGCAGCGCCUGAAGAACAAAUGAACAGAGACAUCAUGCAACUGGACGACAACCAGGUCGACCUGUUCUAGUGAAGAUGUGCAGUGCAGGUCCAUUGGCUCUAAGUCCCAGGCGACAAGGUUCGAGAUAGAAGCGCGGAGCAAUCUCCACCGGUAUGUACAAGCAAAACAGGCUAGAAUGAGGGGAAUCUUGCUGGUGGCGGACGAAGCGAAGCGAGGCGAUCAGAACUUGCCAGGGUGAAUCUCCCAGUACAGUUCAAUCAAAGGCAGUAUGUCCUAGGCGCCUCCUGGCUUGGCCGGUGCAACCAUUGCAGAAGCAGAGGGUUGGAAAUCAGCUCGCUCCACAGCGCCACGGCAAACUUGGAGCAUUGGGUGGCCCGGCGAUCAGAUCGUCCGAAUCCGAUUUUCCAACGCCGUGGAGCGAGAGUGUCCGGAAAGUGGAGCAAGAUCUCAAGUCGGCACUGUCAUUGGCGGAGAGGGCUCAAUGGCAUCGAGAUUGCAGACGCAGGCGAAUGUUUGCUGCAGGGUCAGGGUUGGCAUUUGGACGAGAAAUAUGCACCCUGAGGAAUGUGAGCGACUGGGGCCUGCUGAGACUUGCCGUGCGCUGAUCAAGCGAGCGAGAUUGACGGCUGGAGCGGCACGAAAGCUACCCACACCCUUGACCUGGGCGGGCUGGACAUCAUCUGGUCCUGAAAGGCGACCGAACAAGAGUUUUGACCAUUUUUAUGGAUACUACAAAAGUACAGGCCAGUGGAGAAUAGAGCCGAAGCCAAACCGACUCGGAGGAGACGAGUCAGCUGGCUUUUGAUAUGGGCAAAGGCUGAGGAAGGCACAAAUUUAACGACAUUGGAGGUGAAAAUGACUCAGAGAAGGGCUCGAAAACGCGAUCCACAGGCUGAUGGAAAUCUCUAUCGCUCAGGCCGGUCGGUGGUGAGCAAGCAAGCAUGGACCCCGGCGUGGGAAAGCACGAUUGGACUCAAAGCAGCUGCUUGAUCUCUCAGCCCUUGCAGAUUCAAAGACAGAAGGCGGGAAAAGAAAAGUGCAAUUAAUACGAGGAACUAGAUGGCUGCAUUUGGCGCCAUAUUGCUGCUGCUCAGGCUGGCCUAGCUUGAUGGGGAUGUGUGCUGGAAUUAGAGCGCAAAGACAGGGUGCUGGGGACGAGGGAUAGCGAACAAACAGACCGAGCGGGACAUAUCUUUCAAGGAUAUUAACGCCACCGCAGGAGGUCAUGGUCCCGUGCUCUGGGAUCGCAUCAUAGGUUCGAUUUGGUCUUGGAGGAGUCCAACAACCCGGCUGAAAGAAAACGCACGUCAAGCCACGACACGAUUGGACUGGUGCCAGGAAUGACCAGUUCAGGUUGCCGCUGACCUCGUGCCGUGCGACAUGCGCGAUUCAUGCUGCGCCCACAUUCACUGUCAUCGAAAAGCUUCGCGAGUCAGUAGCCAGCAAAUGUCGGUGGAACUGUCGCGGUUGGAGCUGAAGGUUUGAACUUUGAAGCCCGUACAGCCCGUCUUUCUUCCUUUUCAGAGGGAUGUACCUGGCAGCACCUGAGACUUGGUGUGUGUCAGGACGGCAGCACGUCGCGACAAUGGCUGCCUCAUCCGCUAUUCGCGCGGGAGAAAGACGCUAGAGGGGCACUGCAUCCUAAUUCCUGCUUGACAUGAGGGGCGCAAGAUUGCUCUUCGACGGAAGCAGCAAUGAGAAUGGCGCUGGACUGCAUAUUGCACCAGACACUGACAAGGAUCUGAGAUCUGUGGUGGAGUUGGCCCGGUACUCAGCUGAACAGCGCACAGUGGCCGAGCUACUGAUUUGCGUCAUACAAACGUCCUUACACACCUACCCCUGCUUUGCCAUUGUCCACGAGUCGAGUCAGAGAGGUUGUCCCCAUGCGGGACUUGGGAGGUUAAUGGUGGUAGCAGGGUAAAGCAUAUUGUGAGGAGAAUAACGGUGAGCCAAAAUCCAAGGGGAUUUUGGGAGCGUCCCGUGCCGGAGCUCUGGAAACUUGAUUGAUAGCACGCAAGCUCAGAACCACAGCAAACCUUUGGUACUGCGACGACACGGAUGCCGUCCAAGAAUGAACUCAGACUGGAGGAGUGAAGACGCGGGGCGUGGGAAGUACCAGAACACUCAGGCUCUGACAGGCGCGCAAGAAGAUGCCAGGAGAACAGGCCACUGCAGCCCAGACGAGCAGUGGCCCAGGCGGUCCUUUGCGGGGCAGUUGUGGACAACGCCAUCGGGGGAUGCGGCCUUAGCCCCCGGACUUCGAGGCCGGGGUAGAACUUAGACGGUGGCACCUGCUAAGACCUCCCUUCCCUACUACUACCUAGGUAAUGAGUAGUACGUCAAUAGGUGGAUGGAAUCCCGUGCCAGUGCCACUGCCAGUGCGACUCGCUAGUUUAGGCGCGGAACGAUACUCGAUCCGGCUGCUCACCGGCGUCCGAAGAUCCACCAGAAUCGAAGCAACCCGUCUCAAACUCAACACGAGCUUGAUCCGACGUCAGACACGUAGAUACACAUCAGCAAAAUCAACACCACGCCCGGAAGGCCUCAACGCCGAUUGAUCCCUGACUGAUCAGGAAGGUCUAGAGUCGCAGGCUGCAUCUUCUUACAACUUGAACCUCGUGUUGGCCGCAUCUACGCCUGCCAUCCUCCAAGCCAGUCUCACUAGUCCAUCCUCACUCGCUUAGAUCGGAGUGCGAUUGGACGUACCGAACUUGAACACAAGCCAUCGCUCCUCAUUGAACGGGAUCUCACAUCCAUCUUGUUCUCCUUGCAUUCGGCUUGACAAGCAAUGAUGGAGACUACGCCGACGUCUCGCCAACCCAGCCUUCUUAUUUCCACUGGUGGCUUCGUGUUGCAACACCUCAUCACUGUUGCUAUCCAUCUACAUGGAGGGGAUACUUCAAACCUCCAGAUCCUGUGCCUGGACAUGAAGCAGGGGGUUGUCUCGCUUGCUAGUGCUGGGCGAUGGGUCUUGGCCGGAUGAACACUCCUACUGUAAAACGGAGGAUACCAGCGGUGAGAUAUUCGACAGAUGCAAGCUUGCGACCAACCAACAAUCAAGGCACUCCAAAGCGGCGCCUUUAUCCCCGGUAUCCAUGACCACUGCACGGAGCAUCAGCUGGUCGGCAUGCCUUGAGGAUCAGCCCACAACUUUGUCACCAUACCAUGUCUUUCACGGAUACAACAUUUCCCAAAGUCGAGACAUUCUGUCCGACAGGCAUCGUGUUCGACCCUGUUUCUCCCCAACUGGGAGUCCAUCAUCUGGAAACACCUCAAGUCUUGGAUACCCGAACAUUUCUGCGAGAGGCGGGUCAUCAUAACAGUCCAGCAAGCCCUACGGCCGAACGUCACCUUCUUCUCGAUUGCAUGUCCUAAUUCGUUUAGACAUGCAUUGCUCAUGUGCUAGUUGGCCGGCGCCACUCCAGCUCUCGAAGUAGCUCAAAUUGUGAGCAUUGCAUACAGCCAAGGACAAUGACGUCGAGCAGGUCAAGUCCAUCUCUUUAGCAGCGAUGGAUCUGGCAAUUAUGACGAUUCAGCUGUCGUCCUUACAGCCGGGGUUUCGUCCUGUUUUGUCCUUGCGUCGAAAAGGUAAGCAAAGGUUACGGUGGGUGUAGCAGCCAACGAUGUGGCCUGGGUGAUCUGAUAGUGCUGUUAAAAAUCGCAACAAUCAUGUCCUAAGUUCAAGAAAAGCCAUAGAAGAAUGUGUCAACUACGGACCGCCGAGGACAACGUACUCCAUGUGUAAAAUCUAUGCAGCGGGGCUAUUUCUUAUUCUCGGUUAGAAAGCUCCAUGAGAGCCUUAAAGGACCUCUCCAGGUGUGCCAGUUGGUUCCGUUAUUUGAGAGUGCCAAUAUCACGCCUCUGAGAUGUCUAUGUUUGACUGUUUGGAAGACACUGGCGUUGUGCUCUCAUGGUUUCGAUUGUGAAGUGCAGCAUAUAUUAAUACAUUAUAUGCAC